AGCAUGUGGUUAUGGAAGGUGUUUAGUAUUGAUACAGUAUGUGGUGACAGUUGUCAACUUGCGCCGUGGACCUGCUGGUUGAACUCUUCGAUCCUCUCUGGAGGGAAUACUAUCUCUGUAGCACAACAUGCCGAAAAGGAAGUCUCCUGAAGGGGCCCAUGCCAAGGAUGCCUCCAAGGUCACCAAGCAGAAGGUUACCAAGCAGGAGCCCACCAGGCGUUCAGAGAGGUUGUCAUCGAAACCAGCUCCUCCCAAACCUGUUGAGGUCAAGCCUAAGAAGGCUAUCACCAAGGACAUGAAGGAAAAGAAAGGUGGCGCUAAGGUGAAGGAGGAUGGCCCCUCCCAUAACGGACAGGCUACGACUGAGGAGACUGAGGCUGUGAAGGCGGAGUCGGUCAAGGAGAAGGAAUGAGGAAGUGGGGGGGUCUUUCUCUGACUCCUCCCAAACCAGUACCAUGGAAACGGAGGAUAUUUUUUUCCAGGAUUUUGUAAAAUGCUGAUUUUUGUUUGUCCUGUGAUACUAGCAAAGAUAACCAGCAGCAACCCACAUCCACACUCCUCCUUACAGUUCUCUCUCUCUCUCUCUCUCUUUCUCUCUCUCUCUCUCUCUUUCUCUCGUUCUCUCUUUCUCUCUCUCUUUCUCUCGUUCUCUCUUUCUCUCUCUCUUUCUCUCUCUCUCUCUCUCUCUCUCUCUCUCUCUCUCUCUCUCUCUCUCUCUCUCUCUCUCUCUCUCUCUCUCUCUUUCUCUCUCUCUCUCUCUCUCUUUCUCUCUCUCUCUCUCUCUCUCUUUCUCUCUCUCUCUCUCUCUCUCUCUUUCUCUCUUUCUCUCUCUCUCUCUUUCUCUCUUUCUCUCUUUCUCUCUUUCUCUCUUUCUCUCUUUCUCUCUUUCUCUCUUUCUCUCUUUCUCUCUUUCUCUCUUUCUCUCUUUCUCUCUUUCUCUCUUCCUUUUCCUAAAAGACAGAAUGAAGUGACAUGUUUUUAUAAAAUGGCCGCAAGUAUUCUUCCUCUGGCAGUGGGAGUCACCAUGGUCACCACCAGCCUCAUGGGGUCACCAUGGUGAUGCCUCUCAGUUCCUUUCUAAACAAUGUCAUGUCCUCUUGACCGCGGUGGCUCUUUUGUGAUGACAUCGCUGUAAAUUAAGUGGACCUUCCACCUCUGACAUCAGAGACCCAAGGGUCAGACUAGGCUCCUAUGACAUCACAAGUGACCUUAGACCCUGACCUGAGGUGUUGCCAUGGUGAAUAUUUGCAGCUUUUUAAACAGAUUUAGAAGUGUUCAGAAUCGCCAGCCACUCUUGUGUUGUAAUUUGUGAGUCUGUAGUUGUCUGUCAGAGCAGACUAUUCUAGAACUCUGGCUUCCAGAACCUCUGGGUUCCACCCUGGUUGUCUGUCAGAGCAGACUGUUCUAGAACUCUGGCUUCCAGAACCUCUGGGUUCCACCCUGGUUGUCUGUCAGAGCAGACUGUUCUAGAACUCUGGCUUCCAGAACCUCUGGGUUCCACCCUGGUUGUCUGUCAGAGCAGACUGUUCUAGAACUCUGGCUUCCAGAACCUCUGGGUUCCACCCUGGUUGUCUGUCAGAGCAGACUGUUCUAGAACUCUGGCUUCCAGAACCUCUGGGUUCCACCCUGGUUGUCUGUCAGAGCAGACUGUUCUGGAACUCUGGCUUCCAGAACCUCUGGGUUCCACCCUGGUUGUCUGUCAGAGCAGCAUAGCAAUAACAAGUGGGGCUUCUGUUCUAGAACUCUGAGGCUUCUAGAACCUCUCUGGGUUCCAUCCUGCCUGUGGGAAAACAUUAUUUUGAAAUAAAAACCGAGUUGACA